AGUCCGUUAGUCAAAGCCCAGAAGAGACGCAGUUCGGAGAUGCUGACGACCUGACCAAAAGCGCAUCUAAACCAGAGGGAAAGCAAAUACUUUGGAUAAAAGACGAUCUGACCUAAGUUCCUCUAAAACAGAAGAAAAGAAAAUAGACAACCUUACCAACUCGCCUCUGAAACAGAAGAAAAGGUUUGGAUCAAAGACGACCAAACGAAAGCGCGUCUAAAACAGAGAGGAACAGAGAAGACCACUUUGGAUAAAAGACGCAAACUUUUAUCAGAAGAAAGCAAACUCCUACAUUUCUGAAUCUCUUUUUGCACAAUCAGGAGUGGAAAAAGAAAGCGAUGGCCUCCGCGGCUCUGGAGAUCCUGGGUCUGAUCCUGUGCGUCUGCGGGACGCUUUUGGAGAUGGUGGCCUGCGGGCUGCCCACCUGGAAGGUCACCGCCUUCAUCGAGGCCAACAUCGUGGUCGCGCAGACCAUCUGGGACGGCCUGUGGAUGUCCUGCGCCGUGCAGAGCACCGGCCAGAUGCAAUGCAAAGUGCACGACUCCAUGCUCGCGCUCAGCCACGACCUGCAAGCCGCGCGCGCGCUCACGGUCAUCUCCUCGGUCUUGAGCGUGCUCGCGCUCAUGGUGGUGAUCGCGGGCGCGCAGUGCACAAACUGCAUCAAAGAGGACAACGUGAAAGCGCGGGUGGUGAACGUCGGAGGGGUGAUCUACAUCCUCAGCGCCAUCUUCGUGCUUGUGCCACUGUGCUGGAUGGCUAAUAACAUCAUCUCCGACUUCUACAACCCGAAGGUGCUGCCCGCCCAGAAGCGGGAGAUCGGCGCGGCGCUGUACAUCGGCUGGGCGGCCUCUGCGCUUCUGCUGCUCGGGGGAAGCAUACUCUGCUGCUCCUGCCCGGCCUCUGGAAGCUCCGGGUACUCGGUCAAAUACGCGCCCACUAAAAGAGCCGCAUCCAACGGGGAAUACGACAAGAGGAAUUACGUGUGAAUGCUUGAGUGAGUGUGUGUUGCACAUGCAGAUGAAAACUCAUUUUUUUUCGCUGGACUUACUUAACUUUUUUUGUUGUUUUUGUUUUUAAGAGGACAGUUCACCCAAAUGUGAAAAUUUACUCACUAUUUACUUUACUUCAAAUGGUUUUAAACCUCUAUAAGUUGUUUUUUUUCUGUUUGAACACAAAAGAAGAUAUUUUGAAGAAUGCUGUAAACUUAAAUGCUGUAACCAAUGACUUCUAUAGUACACUUUAAGAGUAUUUUCACAAGUGUUUUCUCUUUAUUUACAGUUGUAAAUAGCAUUAUGAGAUGUUAAUCUCUGAUCUGUUGACUUUUAAUGUUGAAAAUUCAACUCUACAGUUUAACAAAGUGACUUUAAUUGACAUUUUUGUAGUUUGAAAUAAUAUAAUGUAUGAGGAAUAAUACAGAAAGAAAUGAGUCUGUAAAAUAACAGAAAAUGUAUACUGGCAGGUUUUUGUUUCAUAAUAUUCAACACCGACUCAGACAAUAUAUCACUUUAAACUAUUACAAAUGUUAAUAAAAGUCACUUUUUUUUUUACUUUUCAAGUUUAAAAGUAAAAAAGUAUCAAAAAUAAAAUAAAAACAAGAAUCACAAAACGUGUAAAACUGCUAAUUCACUGAUAUUUCUUUACAGUGUAGGAAAAACAAAUACCAUGCAAGUCAAUGGUUACCGGUUUUCAGCUUUCUUCAAAACAUCUUCUUUUGUGUUCAACUGAAGAAAGAAACUCAAAUUGGUUUGGAUCAAGUAAAGGGUGAGUUACUUUACAUUUUUGCGUGAACUAUCCCUUUAAGCAUCUCGGACUACUAAGUGGAUGGAUUUGUUUUAUUUAAACGUGAGGAUAUGCCUUUUGUGAGAGGUGAACAUUUUUAUAAUGACUUGCGUAACAAACAUGUUGCUUAACAGGUUCUGGAGUUUGUGAUAUAUUCACUUUUUAAAGUGCAUCAUCUGGUAAUCAUUGAAUUAUUUGAUUUUAUUUUUUUCCAAUAGCAUCUUAUUGGUUUCUUUAAGCAACUUGAGAGCUAUACGUUGGGUUUUUGUUAAUAUAAAUCAACGUGAAUAAAGCACAUAAAGGUGAACAUUUUAGAGUACAUUAAACAUACAGAGCUGAACAGAUCAUUAAAAUCCAUUCAAAAGCCCUGAAACAUUAUUGGCAUAAUCAUGUUUUGGUAUGCAUGAACUAUUGACCUGUGAAACAUUGUAUUAUUAUUUUUUAAAACAUUUAUUUUUCCUCAGUAACUAUCAUUCUUAAGUGAGUUUUUGUAUAAAUUAAAGUGAAAAUUUGCAUAAAACUUAAUUUUUUACAAUAAUGUAAACAUCAAUUAUACAAUGCUUUAACGAUCAUUAAAAUGUCCUGAAACAUUAUUGGCAUAAUCAUGUUUUGGUAUGCAUGAACUAUUGAUUUGUGAAACACUGUAUUAUUAUUUUUUAAAACAUUUUUUUUCAGUAACUAUCAUUCUUAAGUGAGUUUUUGUAUAAAUUAAAGUGAAAAUUU